AUGCGUGACCCGCACCCUGCCAGGCGGCCCCUGCUGGGCUGCCUGCCCUGUCUAGGCGGGUCCCGCCGCGUGGCGGACGAACAGCCUGGGAGGACGGAUCAUCUGAAGCACACGUACAGCACUUUCAACGUCCAGCAGUCCGCCGGGUCGCGCCAGUCGGGAGGGCCUGUGGUGGCCCGGAAGCCGUUCCGGGACCCCUCCGUGACGCAGCGGUUCGCGCCGAGCAAGGCGGAGGGGCCGUUUGCGGCCCCGCGCAGGCGCCAGGAAGUGGGCGUCCUCGCGGACCUCGGCCAGGCCCGGCACACCACGGGGGUGGCCUUCCCCGGCGCGAGCGAGGCGUCGUGGGUGCACCCGCGCGCGGCCUCGCGCACGGCGCCGCCGCGCCAGAGCGCGGGCACUGCGCACGGCGGCAGGAGCGUCUACAGGAACACCGCGCGCGCCAGCCUCGAGGUCGCGCGCAGCAACUAUAGGUCGCAGCAGCGCGACUCCCUGGAGUCCGGCGGGGACGCUGCUGCGGCGUGCGCGGGGGCGCGCGCGUGCUCGGCGGCGUUCGCGAGCAAGGGGGAGCGGGACGGAUGUGUGCGGGCGAGGUCCGGCGUCCGGCGCGGGUCGAUGGACCUGGGGGGGCGGGAGACGGCGCUGUCGUCGGAGCUGGGCGAGGAGGGGCGCAGCAAGGCGGCGCACAGGCGGCUGUCGAACGCGUUCAGCAUCACGGACCAGUUCGCGAUCAAGGCCCAGGCGAACAGGAAUCGCAGCGCCGUGCGGUUCCUCUGA